AUGGCACGAAAGGAAAUUGCAAAAGCCAUAGCAUUGAACUCAAUCGCUUCUUCGAUACUUUUGACUUUUGGAGGGUGCUGCUCUAAUGUUUUUACCCUAGAAUCAAUUGUACAUGGAAGCCGCGGAAACAUAGGUAAUAUCGUUACUUUCAGCCAAUUUUUAUUCGUUUCAUUAAAUGGCCUGCCGCACUUCAUUGAUACAUCUAAUCCUCCUUCUUUCCUUAAAAGACGCAACGUUCCUUUGAGGGUUUAUGUUUUCUCAGUGUUGUUGUUUUACGUUGGUUCAGCUACUAAUAACAGCGUGUUCAUGUACAAUGUUUCCGUCCCUCUUCAUAUCGUGUUUCGCUGCUCAGCUACCGUAAUAACUAUGUUACUUGGAUGGCUGCUCGCUGGAAAAAGAUAUAAUCGCCCACAGAUCAUAUCUGCCGUUCUCUUGACACUUGGAGCGGGUAUUACAUCGCUCUAUAGAACCGAAGAGUUUUCGUGGGAAAGCUUGGCAACUUAUUCAAUGCUAAGGGACGAUAUUUCAGUAGACUGGAGUUUCUUUAAGGGAGUAAUGAUAUUGACUUUUUCGUCUAUUUUAUUGUCUUUGUAUUCUUUGUUCAACGAGUGGAGCCUUAGGCGUUACGGUAAGCAUUGGAGGGAGAACAUCUUCUAUACACACUUCUUAGCACUACCAUUUUUCCUGCUUGGUUAUAAAGAAUUGAGAAACGAAUUUCAAGAUCUUCUUAAUGAUACAGCCACUACACGAGUGCCGCUGCUGGACCUACACAUUCCUAGAUCAUUUCUGAUGCUUGCAGCUAAUGUGGUUACUCAACAUUUCUGCGUAAAAGGUGUUAACGUACUAGCAAGCCAGACGAGUGCUCUGAAUGUUUCUAUUUUAUUACUGAUCAGGAAAUUCACCAGUCUUCUCCUAAGCAUUUAUAUUUUUGGUAAUAAGCUGUCAAAAACGGGUUUUGUAGGUUGUAUUUUGGUGUUCACGGGCGCUUUACUGUAUUCCAGAUCUACAAGAUUGACUUCCACACCGGAGGUCAUACCUAAAGUAAAAAAACAUAUCUAA